UUGCUUGGGGAAGUUAGCACGCGCUACAAACAUCAACAAUAAAACGCGUGGAAACGCAGCACUCUGAUUGGCUGAGCUGAAGACAGGCUGGGAUGAAGCAUGUGCCCGCGUUGCUGCCGCUGCUGUGCAGCACCCUGAUUUUCGGACUCUCUAUCGGUUCCGGACUAAUGUCAGGUCCCGGUUCAGGUUCGGACCAUGAGCGCGGCAGGAUGGAGCUAAGACGGGUGCAGAGCCUCGCCGCGCAACCGCGGUAUGGAGAGUGCUGGGCACGAGCUCUGGUGCACUUGGACACGCGCUGCAAGGACAUGACGUCAGAGAGCCAGAGCCGCCUGGCGCUGCGCUUUACCCACUGUCACCUGAGCAGCUCAGGCAGGGAUUUCCCAUCCUGCCCUGAGGGGUCCGAGGUCAGCAGGUGUACGGCUGGGAUGGACUCGGUGGCCUUUAACACCUACACUGAGUUCUUUACUCACACACACUCUAUCUGCCACUUCCUGCAGUCUGAGGCCUGGCAGAGCAGAGCAGAAAACACCAUGUACAGGCUGACGGAGACCUCAGCAGGGGUUGCUGAGCAGCUUCAGUCCACCAGACAGAUGGCCAAUGACAUGAUGGAAGCCCAGACUGCUGCCCUACAGGCACAAAAAGAAAUACUGUCCAAUGGAGAGCAGUUAAGAGUCACCCUGAGAGACUCCACACAGGGUCUGCAGUCCCUUUUCUCAGACCUCAGCAGUGUCUCUAGGGAGCAGCAGGUGGCGCUGUCCGAGCUCUUCAACAGAAUCUCCUUCAUGCAGAGUUUCCUCCUCAUGGAGGCCCACAGUUUGAGCUCCUGCUGCUACAAUGCUGCUGCUCUCUGCACCUCUUACCUCAUCACCUCCACCCCACGCUCCUCCAGAGCCAGGUUGGUGCUGCUGGCUUUGGUGUGCCUGAACUUCUACUUGGAGAAGAAGAUCUACCAGUUUGUGCUGAGUUCUGAUCAUCCGGAACACCUGCACAUGGAGCUGGUCUUGGCGUAUGUGGGCAUGCUGCGGCGCCUAUCGGUGUGUGUUGGAGUGUGUGUCCUACUGCUGGUGUGUGCUCGCUACAGAGACCCGGUUCAGCAGAGCCUGCUGGUGUUGCAGCAGCUCAGAGAGACGCACAAAAGCCUGCAGGAGGCACUGCAGCGUGCAGAGAGAUUAGCAGAUGAGAAGAAGCUUGAGGACUGUCAGCUGGAUGGAAAGAGGAGCUCAGAAACCAAAAGAGCAGAGAGGCUGGAGAAGUUCAGCAUGAUAUCAUCAGUGGCUACAGACUCCUCCCACCAGUCUCCCCUGCAACAUACAGGUUCUCCUUCAGGUCGGAGCAUACAUCUCCUGUGUCACUCCACCUCCCAUCAUGCAUCAGUUCAGAGCCCAGGCCGACAUCCACCCCCCUCCUCCCCCCUGGUCUACAGCGUCCUGGUGGAGACCAGGAAGCCUCGUUACUGCCUGAGGAAUCGCCGUUCAGAUGUCCUCUGAGGGACAUCAGCCGUAUUCUGCUGCCGCAAAUUAUUUUAUUUUUGUUUUUCUAAGGAUUAAUAAAAAUGUUUUUAAUAAAUUGUCACGAUGA